AUGAUUUCACUCAUGGUUCUGAUUUGGGUUUUUCCAUGUGUAGCCAAUAACCAGCUCACCAGUUCUGCUAAAGGAGAGUUACCUUAUUCCAAAGACAACUCUGAGCUUCUCUGCAGCAUGCCAGGACCUCCCGGACCACCUGGAGUUCCAGGUCAUCCUGGAUCCACAGGCACUAUUGGAAGAAUGGGCUUUCCAGGGAAAGAUGGCAAAGAUGGAAAGGAUGGAGAUAAAGGAGAAAAAGGAGAUGAUGGUACUCCUGGCAGAGUUGGAAAUCCAGGAAAACAAGGUGGUAAGGGUAAGCAGGGAUCCAUUGGACGAGCUGGCCUAAGAGGUCCAAAAGGUUUUCGAGGUGAUCUUGGGACACCAGGUGAAACAGGAAAUAAGGGACCAAAAGGAAAGAAAGGAGAUACAGGGAUGCCUGGACCGUGUACUUGCGGCUCAAAAAAAGCAAAGUCAGCAUUUUCUGUUGCCGUCACAAAAAGCUACCCCAGAGAACGGCUACCUAUUAAGUUUGAUAAAGUUCUUAUGAAUGAAGGAGGACACUACAAUGCCACAAGUGGGAAAUAUAUAUGUAGCAUACCUGGUAUUUAUUUCUUCACAUACGACAUCACCCUAGCAAACAAGCAUUUGGCUAUAGGACUAGUUCACAAUGGUCAAUACAAAAUCAAGACUUUUGAUGCCAACACUGGGAACCAUGACAUAGCAUCAGGGUCUACCAUUCUUCCUUUGAAAGCUAGAGAUGAAGUGUGGCUACAGAUUUUUUACUCUGAACAGAAUGGACUUUUUUAUGAUCCAUACUGGACAGACAGUUUGUUUACUGGUUUCCUCAUCUAUCCAGAGCAAGAAUAUGUUGAUGAGAUAAAAGUUAAUAAGAACAUGAUCAAGGAAACAACAGGUGUGAGUUGA